UUUUAUUAGUUUUUAAACUAGUUUUAAUAUUUUACUGCAUCAUAUUUUGUCUGCACUUGCUAACGUGAGAAAGACAUCGAUUUUCAUAUUUAUCUAAAUGAAAUCACUGUCGCUUCCGUAACCCUAAUCAAAGUGCAUGUUGGGUAAUGCAGGGCUAAUUCACAAUGCAUGUAAGUUUUUUCCCCACCCAUAUUGCGUCAAAUCCCGCUUUCUGCACGAUGAUUGGCUAGUAACUCGCACUCACGGGCAAGUUCACAGAUUGAUGUCUUUCCUGGCCAAUCAUGUCGCAGGGGGCGGGAUCCUGUUGACCAAUCCUCGCACAGGGAUAGGAGUUUGUCGGAAUACAGGUUGGAAAAAAACGCGUAUUGUUUUGCUAGGAUAUUAGAUUGGAGUUUUUGUGUAUUUUUUAAAAAAAUUUAAUGUUUAUUAUUUAAAGGUGACACAAUAGCACGGCUUUUAGCUAUAACUGCCAUGUUCGGUGUGUGUGGAUUUGUUUUGAUUAACUUAAAUCUGUUGCUAUUCACGCACAGCUAGUUAGCAAACUAGCAUACUGGGGAGUGGGGAUGUGAGAGUUCAUGCAGCUUUUUAUUUCAGCGCACAGCUGAUGGGGAGAAACCUGUGAGAUGAUGAGAGUUUCCUAUGUGAUAAGAGAUGAAGUGGAGAAGUACAACCGCAACGGAGUGAACGCCCUGCAGCUGGAUCCCGCCCUGAACCGCCUCUUCACCGCGGGCAGAGACUCCAUCAUCCGCAUAUGGAGCGUCAAUCAGCACAAACAGGAUCCUUAUAUAGCUUCGAUGGAGCAUCACACCGACUGGGUGAAUGACAUAGUACUCUGCUGUAACGGAAAGACGCUGAUUUCAGCGUCAUCAGAUACUACAGUUAAAGUGUGGAACGCACAUAAGGGCUUCUGCAUGUCCACGUUAAGAACUCAUAAGGACUACGUCAAAGCUCUGGCUUAUGCGAAAGACAAGGAGCUGGUGGCGUCGGCUGGGCUGGACAGACAGAUCUUUCUGUGGGACGUAAACACGCUCACGGCUCUGACCGCUUCCAAUAACACGGUCACCACUUCCUCUCUGAGUGGGAACAAAGACUCGAUCUACAGCCUUGCUAUGAACCAGCUGGGCACCGUCAUCGUCUCAGGAUCAACAGAAAAGGUCUUGAGGGUCUGGGAUCCACGGACAUGUGCUAAACUAAUGAAGCUGAAAGGACACACAGACAAUGUGAAAUCAUUAUUAUUAAACAGAGACGGUACUCAGUGUCUGUCCGGUAGCUCGGACGGUACGAUACGACUGUGGUCUCUGGGUCAGCAGCGCUGCAUCGCUACGUACCGGGUCCAUGAUGAGGGCGUGUGGGCGCUGCAGGCCAACGAAGCCUUCACACACGUCUACUCAGGAGGUCGCGACCGCAAGGUCUACUGUACGGACCUGCGCAACCCAGACAUCCGCGUGCUCAUAUGCGAAGAGAAGGCUCCUGUUCUCAGAAUGGAGCUGGACCGAUCAGCAGACCCUCCUCCUGCCAUUUGGGUGUCCACAACUAAAUCCUGCGUGAACAAAUGGUCUCUGAAGGGAAUGCACAACUUCCGAGCGUCGGGAGACUACGACAACGACUGCAGCGCCCCGCUGACCCCACUGUGUACACAGCCUGAGCAGGCCAUUAAAGGUGGUGCCAGCAUAAUUCAGUGUCACAUCCUGAACGACAAGAGACACAUCCUCACCAAAGACACCAACAACAACGUGGCAUUCUGGGAUGUGCUCAAGGCGUGUAAAGGGGAAGACCUCGGCAAAGUGGAGUUCGACGAGGAGAUAAAGAAGCGCUUCAAGAUGGUCUACGUGCCCAACUGGUUUUCCGUGGACCUUAAAACAGGGAUGCUGACCAUCACCUUGGACGAGAGCGACUGCUUUGCUGCCUGGGUGUCUGCCAAAGACGCCGGAUUCACAAGUCCGGAUGGAUCGGACCCCAAGCUGAAUCUGGGAGGACUGCUGCUCCAGGCUCUGCUCGAGUUCUGGCCUCGAACACACAUCAAUCCGAUGGAAGAAGAAGAAGGAGAAGUUAAUCACGUAAACGGGGAGCAGGAGAACCGGCUUCAGAAAGGCAACGGCUAUUUCCAGGUGCCUCCACACACUCCGGUAAUCUUCGGCGAGGCAGGGGGAAGGACGCUGUUUAGGUUAUUAUGUCGAGACUCGGGUGGAGAAACGGAGUCCAUGCUGCUGAAUGAAACCGUUCCACAGUGGGUCAUUGACAUUACUGUCGACAAAAACAUGCCCAAAUUCAACAAGAUCCCGUUCUACCUGCAGCCUCACUCAUCCUCCGGGGCCAAAACGCUCAAGAAGGACCGUCUGUCGGCCAGCGACAUGCUGCAGGUGAGGAAGGUGAUGGAGCACGUCUACGAGAAGAUCAUCAACCUGGACACGGAGUCUCAGACCACAAGCUCAUCGGGAACGGAGAAACCCGGAGAGCAGGAGAAGGAAGAGGACAUGGCCAUGCUCGCCGAGGAGAAAAUCGAACUCAUGUGCCAGGACCAGGUUCUGGAUCCAAACAUGGACUUGAGAACAGUGAAGUAUUUUAUCUGGAAGAGCGGCGGAGACCUGACUCUCCACUACAGACAGAAGUCUACGUGAGAGUGAUGGCAGCACACGCAUCUUUUUUUUUUUUUUUUUUUUUUUCCUUCACCGCUCUCCUUUCUCAUCUGUUUGCUCAUGGAGAACGUUCAGCGCCAUUCCUCUUCUCUCGCCCUGAGACUGGAAACAGACUUUGUACAGUAUACUAAUCCAGGACAUUUCUAUUAUUUCUAUUAUUUUUUUUUUUUAAUAUCUUUGUUUAACUUUUUGUCUCUUUUUUUUUUUUUUUCUUUUCUUUUAAAGAUUUCCAGUUGGUUGAUGAUGCACAGGGACAUACGUUCUGGAGCAUUUAGAUGAUCACAGAUUUUCUGAACCACCCAAGAUUUCUGUUAAAGUACUCAAAAAAAAAAAAAAAAAAAAAAUUAAUGCCACAUGGAUGUGCGUUUGGGUCAAAACAUCAAAAAAAAAAAAAGAAAAUCUCCUUUUUUUUCAUUUAAAGCAGAUUUUCUUAGUAAUUCUGUGAAACUCUGAUUCAGGAUUUGUCACAUGAGCUCAGUUUCAGUGAUGAGUCACUGAAUAAGCUACGUGGCUUUCGACCAAUCACGUCGGAGAUUAGAUUAGAUUAGAUAGUGACACCCGGAAACUUCUAGUUAACUUGGCUAAUGUUAGUGGUGAACAAUUUUGAUGUUGAACAAAUAAAUCUGAGGAUAUGACGAUCAAGACUCGGAUAUUAAAAUCCCAAAAACUCGUGUCUACUCGUGACGAGCGAGCUAGUUUACUAGCAGUUAGCUAGCUGUCUCGGUGAAAAUUGGGACUUUUCUAAAUUCCUAAAUUACAUAUUUCUGUUUAUUCACAGAUCCGGGUAUUUUAUUUUAUUUUUUUAAAUAAGCGUCAAACAUUCAGAAGUUUUUGAGCAUUCAAAUUGUUCCACAUAGAUUAAUCGAAACAACCUAUUAUAUGUUCAGGGGUACUUUUAAAAAAAGUUCCCACAUCCAUCACUUCCUUCUUAUUCAGGAAUAAAUAAAGCCAGUGCUGGUGUUGGUGGUGAAAGAGUCGAGGGAUGUCCUUUUCGAAGACGUUAUCGUAACUUCUUUCGGCGGCUCAGUUUGUAAAUAGCUCGCUUUUUAAGUUAUUAUUCUGGGUUUAUGAACAGUAUUUUUGUAUCAUCUAAAAAUCUAUUGAAGAGAGGAAAGAAAAAAUCUCAAAGGAUUUAAAGUUGCAACAUUGUCUCUCCGGUCACGUCACCCACAAAUGUAAAUAAGAACAAGCGAACGUUAGCAUUUCCACAGAUAGGAUUUAACCCCUUGAAUGCCUAGAUUAUUAUUCAGAGAUUCAUCUUAAAGGUUACAGUAAGUACAGUGAGGAUGGCUUCUGGGAGUUUAAAGGGUUAAGGAUGUUUUGGAUCUUUUAGCCAUUUGGUUUAAAUCUUGCUGCCUGGUUCAAAUAACAUUCAUUUGGCCAAAAAGUCAAAUGGACACUAUUUCUCCUUCAUCUUCAAUGCAGUCAAUCAAGCAAGCUGAUAUAGUUUGUACACUUUUCUGGCCACAAGCUUCAGGAUCUUGCGGAUUUCAAUCCGAUGGGCUGUUUAUACGCACUUCCGCACCUCAUAAAUUUGUCUCGGAUGACUUCUUGAUUUAAUAUUUAUUUACAUUUACUCUUUUUUGCAAACUAGCAGGAAGCUCCUAGAUUCAUGCAUUUGAAUACAGAGUGGAACGAUGUUAUCAUCUGGUAAGCCUUGUCGAUAAACGUGGCCGAGACCUGACUACUUUCACAGCAAGAGCUCGUUUGAUUGACAUCAAGAACGACCAAUCGCAUUAACUUGCUAAAAAUCCUCGUAUAAAUUUUAAAGAUGUGAGAGAGAACCUUUAUGAAUUCAGUGAUCUCCUCCUUGUCGCAGUGUAGAGUAGUUUUUUUUCGUUGGAAAUCAAUGGCUGGAGUUAUGUACUCAUGGAUGUACAUGAUUCUGAAGCUUGUGGCCAGAAAAGUGCACAAAAGCAAUCAGACACUCCAUGAGCCUUGAGCAGGGUGUCUCAGAUUAUCAUCUAUUUAGCUUUGAAAUGAAACAAAGAGAUUCUGGUUGUCCAAGAUGGCCUCCCCGAUGAUCAUAUUACAACACUUAGCUGCAUUAAGUUUUUUUUUCUGGAUUGUGAGCGCAUUGUGGCUCUAAUCUAAAACUAAAAAAAGUAAACAUAACACACCAUGGCUGAUUGACAACAUUUGGGGAAAGUGGAAAUUACGCAAAUUUGAUUUCUCGCCAAAUUAUUUGUUAAAAAUCAGGCAAAUGAUAUCCUGCAGAGCUAAACCCUGCUAAUUAAUCUCUAACUUCCUGUCCAUUCCAUGAGAUGUGUAUGAGCAGGAGAUGGAACCGUGCUGCACUCUCGCCAGACACUCCAGGACUGGACUUGGGCUCUUCUGCUUGAAGUGAAGGAACGUCUAUAAAUAAAAAGUUGAAAACUCACCAAUGAGGCUAAAUAUAAACCAUAUAAAUAUUGUAUAUGUUGUAUUAUAGCUAGACGGAUGUUAUGUUAUGUAUGUGACCUAAAUACAGGAUCAUGAUACGGUGCACUGA